UUUUCUCUACGCCCAUAUUAAUGCGUACGGCAAUAUGACUAUGUAGUGAAAAAUUUGCAUUUUCUGCGUAAAUACUAAUGAAAGUUUUCUGAUUUAUGUUAUUGGGAAAAUAAUGGACAAGCGAUCAAAGGAUGCGUUACGUCGUUAUAAGAAGUCAAGGCAGCAGUCCAGCUCGGACAGUUCUAGCAGCUCGGAGUCUGAUUCUUCUGGAAGCUCGUAUUCUAGUUCAGACAGCGAACGCCAUCGCCGAAAAAAGGCUCGCCAAGCAACUGCUGGCGCAUCCCGUCGAUCUAGUAGCUCUUCUACAGAAGAACGAAGAAAGCGUGAAAAACGUGAACAUUGCCAGAAAAAACUGGAAGCUAAACGCAUUCAUCUUAAACGAAAGUUAAAGGAAGCCAAAUUAAAGAAAAGAGCAGCCGCUGCUGCCGCAGCUCUAAGUGGCCAUAUUGGGCAUAGGUCACUCUCUCCCACUACACAAGCGAAGCUGAAAAAGCUUGCAGAACGGAAGCACCAACGUGCAGCAAGUAAAGAACGCCGCGAAAGGGAACGUGAAAAACAUCGUGUUGCUGUUGCAAGGGAAAGGGAACGUGACCGAGAACACCAUCAUACAGGAUCCCGCUCUCCAACUAAAAUAACAAAAAUUCGAAUUCACCAGGAUGUAAAACGGCAGAAGAGUCCUCCUCGUAUGCAUCACACAAUGAUGUCACGCGAGAAGAUUAUUAUUCAGACCCGAACCCGGGAACGCACACCUUCGCCCACAGCAGAACGACAACGUCAUGAACACAAAUUGCGACAUGAUGAAUUAUUAAGAGAACGAGAAAGACGCGAACGCGAACGUGAACGUGCUGAACGUGAGGCUGCAAGGGAUAAAGAGCGAGCUGAGGCGUUAGCGCGAUGUCAAGAACGACAACGUGAAAGAGAACGUUUGGCUAGGGAAAAGCUACGUCGAGAGGAGGAGGAAAAGAAAUAUGGUGGAAUAAGUGGUGAUCGGGGAGAGCGCUUAUUACCUCGACCCGCAGAAAGAGAAUUAGCUAUUGCGGCUUCACGAGGCUACAAUAGCCGUGAGCGUUCCUUGGAAGCUAUUGAGAGAAAUCGACAAUUGUCAAAACGUGAUUUGGAUGUAUAUGAGAGAGAGCGUGAAUAUAUUGAGACCGAGAGACGCACUUUACUUCAUCGUGAAGAUGUACGACGCGAACGCGAAUAUCUACCAACAAGACGACGAGAACUGAGCCCAGUAAGUGAACAUUACUCGGCCCGGUUGAGGGAACCACGCGAUCUAUAUGCGGAAGAAGAUCGGGAUAGGGCAUUCAACCGAGCUUUUAUCGAUGAAGCUCAUCUCGGGCGGGAUCGAGAUGGGCCUUGGCCGCGAGAAAUUAUGGACAGAGACAUACAUGCCAGAGACCAACGCGAUACCCGAGACACUCGCGAAUUUAGAGAAAUAGGGCACGAACUUAUUUAUCCGGAUGAAAGGGAACGUUUGAUCAGGAAUAGGGAACGGGUACGUGAGGAAUGGAAGGGCGAAUGGGACGUUACUAGAGAGCAAGAUUGGAAUGACACGCCACCAAUAACUGGUCGUGGAGGUUUUGUAGGUGGCCCUAAACGAAAUGCAACCAUAAUAGGCGGCGGCUCUAUCACGGGUCCCACAAAGGUACCACCUCGGGAACAAAGAGCGCCUUCAGAGCCAGAUUGGGACACAGAGGAAAUACAAAAAAAUUCUGGGUCCAAUACAAAUAAACCAGAGUCAACAAUUAUACGUGAUGCACCUAAUUUUGGUAUAGGCCCGGGGCAACGAGAUACCUGGGGUGAUCGCGAGCAUCAUGACAUACAACCAUCGCGGGAAAAAGCUGUACCAGCACCACGGCCGGAAGGGUUAGAUCGACGUUGGCAAAACGACUGGCGCGAAGAUGAAGAAACAAUGCAGAGGAUGGGCGGCAAUGGAAGUAGUGGUAGUGUGCCAUCAUCUCUACAUCAUCCUCGCAGCGAGCGUGGUGGAAGAAAUUUUCGAAGAGGUGGUGGCGCGGUGGGGUCAGAUCACGCGGAGAGGAAUGCGCAGGGGCUAAGGAUGCAUCCACCACCUUUAAUGACGUUGCCCGUUCAACCACCCGCAACAGGAUUUCUUGGAGGAAACCCAAGAUUCCCUAGCAAAAGCAAAAUGACUUAUACAAACCCUAAUCUAAUUAAAAAACAACACGCUGCUGCAGCCGCUGCAAAGGCAGCUGCCCAAGCUAGCGCUGUAGCGGCGGCUAGCACAGCUGUCGCAGCUGCGAAAGCUGCGGCUCAGAGCGCUGCAAACGCAACCACUAAUCCAAGCAUACUGGGACAAGCUACGUGCUUACGACAACAGCACGACAUCUUUAUUAUCGACGAUAAACCAGAAGCUGGGGAAAUUUUACACGAUGCUGAUGUCAAUAGGAAACUGGAUGUGGGCGUCAUAUAUAAGAAAUGUGAUCCUUUCUCAGUUUUGAGCAAUGCGGCAAUGAUUGACGCCAGAGCGAGUGGAGAAUUAAGUGAAAUAAGCGACAGCGAUGACGAUAUUCUCAACAAAGGGGAGAAGAAGUAUCGAACUGAGACAGACGAGGAUUCUACCAUGAAAGUUGAUGGUAUUUCAGAACAGGAUGAUUUUACUCGCAGCAAUGAUGAUACCGCUAAUGGAGUCAUAGGAGACAAACACGACGAUGAUGAAAUGCUUGAUUUUGAAGAAAUUUCGGAUGGAGAAUUGGAGGAAGAUUCUAGAACCAAAGGUGUUGGCGACGCUUUAGGCGUUGACUGGGCCUCCUUAAUUGCAGAGACGAAACUUCAAGCAGAAAAUGCUGCUCCUGGAGCCACCGAACAGCUAACGACAGCAAAGCAAAAAUGGCAACCACAUCGUAUUAUACUAGAUAUGGGGAUAUCACUGUGCAUGGCAGGAGAAAGCUAUGCAAAGCAGUUAUUAACAGAAUCCAAGCAAAAAUUGGCCGAAGAAUUUAAAGAAAUCAACAAAAAGGCCUCAACGGAAAAGGAUUCAACAGUAUGCGAUAUUGCAGAAAACAAGGACGGUAUUUGUAAAGAUCCAAGAGAAAUUACUGAGGUCAAAAAGGAAACGAUGGGCCAAAAACCGUUGGAUGAAAUCGACGACAUUUCGUUCAACUUAGAGAGUUUACAACCGUUAGCUUGUUUACAGAUAGGCGAGCGAAUGCAGCGUUUAGAAAGACAAAAGCUCAUAUCAAACGCUUGUGGAACACAUAGUCGCGCUCUAAGUGCUCGUCAAGAUUUAAAACUGCGAAGGCAGAUGUGCAAUUUACCUGCGCGCGAGUACGAUUUCCCGCAUCCGCCACGCAUCAAUACUAAAAUUAAAGUUUUGGCUUUAGCAGCAUUUCAACGCACAUUAGAAGUUAAAUAAAGUAGAAUAUGCAUGCAAUUGUGUCAGUACACAUUAUGUACACGUGUUUCUCAAUAUAAAAAUAAAGUUAUUUACCCAAAUUUA